AUGGACUAUAAAUACGCACUGCUCCUCACAGCAACCUGCCAACAGCCCAUGAAGCUUGCCUACGCCAUGAAGUUCCUGCUGUUCCUCUUCCUCAUCCUUCUCACCUUGGGGUCCCUGUGCACUGCCCAGUGUUACAUGAGAUCCGCAAACAAAUACGGCUGUGUUGAAAACAGAAAGCUGUAUCACUUCGGUGUAGUGUGGAAGACCAAGGAUUGUUUCAGAUGUGAAUGUCAGCCACGAGCAAUGAUCUGCUGCAGCCUCGUUUUCAGACCCACCAACUACGACCGAGAGAACUGCAUUGCCCUGUUCCAUAGGAAGAGCUGCUCUAUGCGCGUGGUGUGGAAGAGUGAUCCUCAGGAACCCUGCAACGUCUUUGCCGGAGUUGGUUAAGACUGCUUUGAAGUGGUCUUCUCAUUAAUGCAAGUUGAGCAGACCUAGCACCACUCCCUUAGAGGAAAGCAGCGAAUCAGCAUGGCUUCAGAAACAACAGGCUUGUGUCCCCCUUUUUCACACAUGCUCUGCUGUGACUUCUCUUGUUACGUACAGAUUUGUGACUGAGAUUUAAUCAAAGAUCAUUUACGGUAACAUCAUCUCUGAUGAAAUCUGGGGUUUAAUAAAGAC